AUGUCUCUCUUCGCGGCAGUGAUUUUCUUACUAGCAGUAGCCUUUGCUUCCUCGGCUGCGGCCGCCGGGUCGCAGGUUGACAAGGAACUCACGAUCCCACCCGCUGUGAAUGGGGAAGGAUCCCUUGAAAACUCCUUUCUUCGGGUCCUCGGCCGGACUCCAGACGCCCUUCACUUUGCUCGAUUUGCUCGAAAAUACGAGAAGAAAUACGAAACGGAGCAGGAGAUCACACGAAGAUUCAAAAUAUUUGGCGAGAAUCUGGAUCUAAUCCGAUCCACCAACAGGAAACAGCUUUCCUACAAGCUCGGAAUCAACCGGUAUGCGGAUCUAAGCUGGGAGGAGUUUCAGGCGACCCGUUUGGGCGCGGCCCAGAACUGCUCGGCCACAUUGAAGGGCAACCAUGAGAUGACCAGCGCACCGCUACCAGAGACUAAAGACUGGAGAAAGGAUGGCAUAGUCAGCCCCGUCAAGGAUCAAGGGGGUUGUGGGUCUUGCUGGACAUUCAGCGCGACGGGCUCGCUGGAGGCGGCGUACUCACAAGCGACGGGAAAGAGCAUCUCCCUCUCGGAGCAACAACUUGUGGAUUGCGCCUCUGCGUUCAACAACUUCGGGUGUAACGGUGGUCUGCCUUCCCAAGCCUUUGAGUACAUAAAGUACAAUGGCGGCCUUGACACGGAGGAAUCGUACCCUUACACUGCAGUUAAUGGCAACUGCAGCUUUAAGCAGGGGAAUGUUGGGGUCAAGCUUCUUGACUCGGUUAACAUCACCUUGGGUGCUGAGGAUGAGCUGAAGCAUGCGGUUGGAGUGGUUCGUCCGGUGAGCGUCGCAUUUGAGGUUGUGCAGAGUUUCGCGUUGUACAAGGGAGGAGUCUACACUAGUGACACUUGUGGUAGCUCUUCAAUGGAUGUGAACCAUGCAGUCGUGGCAGUGGGUUAUGGCGUAGAGAAUGGGAUGCCAUAUUGGCUCAUCAAGAACUCAUGGGGCGCGGACUGGGGUAUGGAUGGCUACUUUAGAAUGAACUGGCAAAACCAUGUUGGCGUGGCCACUUGUGCAUCAUACCCAAUUGUUGCCCCGUGACGGUGAAGCUAUGGAAAUGGUGCCUUUUGAAGUUAAUUUUAUGGUUUUCCUUAACGGGGAUAUUUUUCUGUACGUGGAGGCACCGAAUUAAGAAGAAAAUGUUAGAUAAAUAAUGUUAUUUGUGGUUUGGAUGGAUUAGAAACUAAUCCAUGUAUUUUAUGUCUACUGUAGUUGUGACUAUAUAUAUGUGAGCACCUCUACCUGUG